CUCCAGGUUCACAGAGGCAUCGCUCAGAGCCCCUACCUGAAGCAUCCCCGGAAUUGGCUUCACCUGGGCCAUGCGAGUGGUCAAACUGACCCUUGUCGGGGACUCCAGAGAGGAACCGCUUGGGACGGGUUCGCUUCCAGUCUUACGAUUGGGGACCUGACAAACCUGGUUCCAGUCCUGGCUCUCCGCCCUUUGUGAUCUUUGGCUUCUCAUGUAAUGUCUCAGCGCCUCAGUUUCUUCAUUUAUGUAAUACAGCUGAUGAAGAUCCAGUUUCAGACCUGAGACUUACUGGGUGAUCAUUUAAUUGAGAUCAACUGGAAUGACCAGGUAAAAAGUGCAAGAGGAAUGUGCUAUGACUGAGGUACUUGGAGCACUAUUAAUUUGGGACCUUCGUGAGAUACUGGAAUGACACAGAGGAGGGGAAGCCAGGUUUCAGUUCAUAGCACAGGGGGUUUACUUCUGGUUCAUCCUUGUCCUGAGAGUUGCAGCCCUUUCAGGCAACUCAAAACUUUUUAUUGCCAAUCUCUACUUUGAUUCUACAAACGAAACUGUAUCUCCAGCAGCCUCUAAAGCCAAGGAAUCCAGUAAAUCAUCAGACUCAUGACUGAAAAAGAGCGUGAAGCAGCAGAAUGGGAGAACAUAAAUGUGCUGUUGAUGAUGCGUGGCUUAAAACCUUUGUCUCUAGUCAAAAGAACAGAUCUUAAAGAUUUCAUCAUUUUUGACAAACAGUCAUCAGAAAGGAUGAGACAGAAUUUGAAAACAUUGGUGGACGAAACAGCACGUCAACAGAACAUGAUCCAGGAGCUCAUAGAAACUAAUCAGCAGCUUAAAAAUGAACUUCAGCUAGAGAAACGCCGAGCAGUAGAUCAGGAACAACGAGCUAAUGAUUUAGAACAAAUCAUGGAGAGUGUGAAAUCCAAAAUUGGUGAAUUGGAGGAUGAAUCCCUAAAUAGGGUUUGCCAGCAACAGAGUAAAAUAAAAGAUCUUCAAAAGGAUCAUAAAGCUUUACAGGCAAAAUGUCAGCAUUAUAAGAAAAAACGAAUGGAGCAACAAGAGACUAUUGCUUCUUUGCAAAAGGAUAUCUGUAGAUUAACAAAGGAGGACGAAGAGCGCAUUGUCACUCAAAACAGAGUGUUUGCUUAUCUCUGCAAAAGAGUUCCUCAUACCAUCUUGGAUAGACAGUUGCUUUGCCUAAUUGAUUACUAUGAAUCUAAAAUUAGAAAACUGCAUAAACAAAGGCAUUAUAAAGAAGAUGAAAGUCAGUCAGAAGAAGAAAAAGAUUAUAGAAGCUUUGAUGCCUCACCAACUUAUAAAGGCCUUCUAAUGUCAUUACAGAAUCAACUCAAGGAAUCAAAAUCUAAGAUUGAUGUACUUUUAAGUGAAAAGCUGAAUCUCCAAAAAGAUUUGGAAAGCAGGCCCACACAGCAUGAAUUAAGACUUUAUAAACAACAGGUGAAGAAACUGGAGAAAGCCCUUAAGAAAAACAUCAAAUUACAGGAUCUUAUCAGUCAAAACAAGGCUGAGGACACAGAGAAAAAAGAUGAGCCCAGGAAAGAUAACCAGCAGCAGGCCCUAACUGACCAGAGAUACUUUCAGGUGCUGAGUAGCAUCAAUUCAAUUAUUCACAAUCCAAGAGCUCCAGUAAUAAUUUAUAAACAGAGCAAAGGAGGAGUCCAACAUUUUAAUAAAGAUCUUGUUCAAGAUUGUGGAUUUGAGCAUCUUAUUCCUAUAAUAGAAAUGUGGGCAGAUCAGCUGACUUCCCUAAAGGAUUUGUAUAAGUCCUUGAAAAUACUAUCUGCAGAACUGGUGCCUUGGCAUAAUACAAAGAAGCAGGAUGAAAAUGAAGGUAUCAAAGUUGAAGAUCUGCUGUUUAUAGUAGAUACCAUGUUGGAAGAAGUUGAAAAUAAGGAAAAGGACAGCAAUAUGCCAAACUUUCAAACUUUGCAAGCUAUUGUUGCUCACUUCCAAAAAUUAUUUGAUGUGCCUUCUUUAAAUGGAGUCUAUCCUCGAAUGAAUGAAGUUUAUACUAGGCUUGGAGAAAUGAAAAAUGCUGUGAGAAACCUCCAAGAACUCCUAGAGUUAGAUAGUUCAUCCUCAUUGUGUGUGGUGGUGAGCACAGUUGGAAAAUUGUGUAGGCUGAUCAAUGAGGAUGUGAACGAACAGGUUAUGCGGGUGUUGGGACCUGAAGAUCUCCAAAGCAUUAUCAUCAAAUUGGAAGAACAUGAAGAAUUUUUUCCAGCAUUUCAGGCAUUUACUAAUGAGCUACUUGAAAUCUUAGAAAUUGAUGACUUGGAUGCCAUUGUACCUGCCGUAAAGAAAUUAAAAGUACUUUCAUACUGAACACAAAUCAUUUUUACUGUGUAAAUUGCAUUCUUAACAUUCUAAGUAUUUUGUAGGAUUGAUCUUACUUUGAGACAAGGGUUAUAAAAUGUAUUUACUCUCAGAAUUCAUCCCCUUCCUACUGAUGUGUCCUUUUCCAUUCAUAUAAUUUUUAUGAACUUUGAGAUUCUUAUAUAGAAAACAGUUGUUAAGUUAAAGUAGUGAUUUAAUUUUAGAGCCUUUAAUCAUUUCUUAAGCAAUUCUUGAGUGCUUAAAAUUUAAGAUUAUUUUAAAGUACAGUGUGUGAGUAGAAGAGAAACUCAGGGAAAGAGAUUGUAAGUAAUAGAAAGGUUGCAUUUAAGUUCAGGGUUUAGUGAUCUUUCUGGUUCUGGAAAUAAGGAAUGCCAGUGGCUCUCGAGUCCAGCCAGUAGGAAGCUAUUGCUUUCCUGGCAAGGAAGUGACACAUUCUAUUAAGAUAUCCCUCAUGGCACUUGGCCUGUCAAAGCAGGAGGAAGAAAAGGAAGAAAGAGGAAAUGUUUUAUUUUGUGUUAGGGUAGGAAAUGAAUUAGGAGGUAAUAUAGAUGAGCUGAUAGAAGUCUCUCAUAAAAAGUGUCUUCUUUGGCAAUCUUGAUGUAAUGUACUUUUUAUAAGGGCAUGAGAUUGCAAAUAAAAAUUUUAUGAAGAAUUUCCGAACAUACGUGUCCUCAGUGACUUAUUUGUAUUAUUCACAAAUAAUGAGUCAUAUUCUCUCACAAGGCUGAGUCCUCAUUGGGCAGCGGGUUCACCCUUGCUGCAUCUUACAUAAGAGUGCUUUUCUUGCUUCCUUCUACUUAUUCUCUAUUCUCAAUAUUCAGUUUGAUUUUCUUAAAGGGCUAGUGUUCUGCCUCACAUCUAGGAGUACAAGCCACUUUGCUGCUUCCCACCACCCUGCCACCCUAGCACCCUCCACUUUUGUAUGUAGUAAGCCUAGGAAGACGUCUGUUGUUCUUGUUCUUUGUCAUACAGACUUGUAAAGAAUUUCCAGGAAGCAGCAUGGUGGAAUGGUGAGAGUAAAUGUCAGUAGAUAAGCAUCCAGGUCCCGUCUAAUGAGAAAUCUUGGUAGAAUUUAUGAUCUUGGAAGUUGCUAACAAGGUGUUGACCUUCUCAACACCCAGGGAUUAGACAUAAGAUAAUAUCUUAAGGUUCUUUCUAGAUUUAAAAUUCUUUGUUUUGUUAGCCUCCAAUUACAUUUCCAAACACUAGCCCACAACUUGUGCAAGAACCUGUGUCUUUGAGGGUUGGAUAAAAAAAAUAUUGGGAUACUCAAUAAUGUAACACUCUUGAGUUGAUUAGAUUGCUCCAGGAAAUUGCUGUGAGACAGUUUGGGAAUCUAAUAGUAUUUGAAAGGAAGUAAUUUAAAAAUUAUGUUAAUCUAAAUUUUGUCAGCUAGGGGUUAACUCUUAGUUUAAAACACCUUUUUCAGACUCUUCCUCAGAGGCCUGGGAGUUUUUUGGAGGGCCACUGAGAGGGAAGUGCCACUAGUGGGAAGAAUAGUAGGCCCUCUCUAUAAGAUCUACUUUUAUCCAAUUUUAAUUAUUUAAAAUAUAAGUCCUGCAGAUAUUGUUUAGCUCUUGAUUUUUCUUACAAUUUUAUUGAUGUAUAAUUGAUAUAUAAUACGCUGUAUAUAUUUAAAGUGUACAAUUUGAUAAGUUCUGACAUACAUAUAUGCCUGUGAAACCAUCACCACAAAUAAUAAACAUACCUGUCACUCCAAAAGUUUUCUCUUUGCCCUUGGGAGUCCUUCCCCACUCCCUCCCAUCCCCAGGCAACUAAUGACCGCUUUUUAUCACUGCAGACAAGUUUGCAUUUGAUAGGAAUUUACAUAAAUGGAAUCAUACAAUGUGUUCUCUCUUUUGACUGUCCUCUUUCACUCGGCGUAAUUAUUUUGAGAUUUUUGUAUGUCGUUGCCUUUAUUAACAGUUAAUUCC